AUGUGCACCUGUUGGUCAACUUUAUCGAAAUGCCCUUUCCAACUUAAACCGUUGAGGCUGAAAUAUUCAAACAUUACUAAUCCAGCCCCUUUUUGCCUAUUUUUUGAAGCUGAGAAACAUGCUGGGGUUUCCUGUGUUACAGCCUCAGUGGAUGACAUUCAAUUUGAGGAGACAGCUAGAGUUGGACAAGUUAUAACCAUCAAAGCAAAAGUUACUAGAGCAUUCAGCACAAGCAUGGAGAUCAGCAUCAAGGUCAUAGUGCAGGACACGUUCACUGGCAUUGAGAAACUUGUUAGUGUGGCCUUCUCUACAUUUGUAGCCAAACCAGUUGGAAAAGAAAAGAUUCAUUUAAAACCAGUCACACCUCUAACUGAACAAGACCAUGUGGAACAUAAUCUGGCUUCUGAGAGAAGGAAAGUGCGAUUACAGCAUGAAGAGACCUUUAAAACCCUGAUGGAGAAGAGUAGCAAGUUUGAGGAUCUCAUUUCUGAUGAAGAGGAAGGAACAGUUUCCACCAGGGGCACCUCUGUUCAGAGCAUUGAACUUGUCCUCCCACCCCAUGCAAACCAUCAUGGAAAUACAUUUGGUGGCCAGAUUAUGGCUUGGAUGGAGACGGUGGCUACUAUUUCUGCAAGCCGCCUCUGUCGGGCGCAUCCGCUUCUGAAAUCUGUGGACAUGUUUAAGUUCCGAGGACCAUCCACAGUGGGAGAUCGUCUUGUCUUCAAUGCCAUUGUCAACAAUACGUUUCAGACCUGUGUCGAAGUGGGAGUGCGCGUGGAGGCCUUUGACUGCCAGGAGUGGUCCGAGGGUCUGGGCCGUCAUAUCAACAGUGCUUUUCUCAUUUAUAAAGCUGUCGAUGAUAAGGAAGAACUGGUUACAUUUCCCAAAAUCAAACCCAUAUCUAAGGAUGAUUUUAGACGGUAUUGUGGAGCUAUUGCACGCAAGAGAAUUCGUCUGGGCAGAAAAUAUGUUAUUUCCCACAAACAAGAGAUUCCACUUUGCGUACACUGGGAUAUUCGCAACCAGGUAUCCCUGAGUGAUGACAAUGUGGAGGCUUUCAAAAAGCUGGUGGCCAAAAGUGGUUGGGAGAUCACCAGUGCUGUGGAAAAGAUAAAAAUAUAUACUCUGGAAGAACAAGAUAUUUUAUCUGUUUGGGUUGAAAAGCACGUGGAAAAACCAGCACACUUGGCUUAUCAUCUAUUGUCUGACUUUACCAAGCGACCUUUGUGGGACCCCCAUUAUGUGUCCUGUGAAGUCAUAGACUGGGUGAGUGAAGAUGAUCAAAUAUAUUAUAUCACUUGUCCUAUAGCGAGUGGUGACAAACCCAAAGACUUGGUCGUACUUGUAUCACGAAGAUCUCUUAAAGAUAGUAACACUUACACCGUGGCAGUGAAGUCGGUCAUUCUGCCAUCGGUCCCACCUUCUCCACAGUACGUCAGAAGUGAAAUCAUAUGUGCUGGCUUUCUCAUCCAUGCUAUUGACAGCAGUUCAUGCACUGUAUCUUAUUUUAACCAGAUUUCUGCUAGCAUCUUGCCUUACUUUGCUGGGAAUCUUGGUGGCUGGUCAAAAUCCAUUGAAGAGACAGCAGGUUCCUGUAUACGAUUCAUAGAGAAUGCUACUGAUGAUGGGUCAAUAAGUAUAUUUUAAGUGAUAAACUUUCAAUUAUCUGUAAUUGAUUUCCCACUUUUAAUUCCAAGCACCCUUAUCCAUGACACUUGGCAAGCUUUUCGGCCACUAAAUAAUUGGCCUAAGCAAAAUGAAGUUAGGAAGAGG